AUGGAUCCAAAAAGAUAAAUCUAGUAAUAGCAAGAACUUAGUCUAGUCCAUUCUUCUUAUGAAGAUGAGUAAGGAAAUUGUUCCUUGAAAGAUUCGUACAGUAAUAGAGACUCAGACUCAUCUUUCAGUUUAUCAGAGCAUGAAAAGAGAUAUAAGAAAAUAUUGACUCAUUCAUUAAAUGAACAAGAAAUAACUAAGAGAAAAGGAGGUACAAUAUAAUUUAUGUUUUAAAAUCAGGUAAACAUGGCCUUAAGUAUGCAAAAAUAAGCAACGAUUAGAGAGAGGGUUUGAUAUAAUAAGUCACAUCAACUGGCUGUACUAUAAAAAGUGCAGCAUAAAAACUUGGAAUAAACUUCUCAACUGCAAAGGCAAUCAUGUAGAUUUUCAAGAAGGAAGGAAGAUCUUGUAAAAAAGUCAUUCGUAAGAAUAAAAAAAGACAAAGUUAAAUGUACAAAAGACACUAUGCAGUAACCAAAGACUAAAGUAAUUUAAUAUAUUUAUCCUAAUAUAGGCAUUAGAGAAGAAAAAGAAUAGCUGAGAUAGACAGGUGAAAUUGCUAAAGAAACAAUACAAUAACCUAUUUCUGUUCUUGAAGACAAAAAUAAAGAAUAAAAUGUCAUCAUUCAAUAACUGAGAAGUCAAGUAAUAAACAGAUUUAUUAUAGAAUUUGUUAUAUUAAGGUUAAGUGGCUAAUUUGUAUUAGGAGAAUGCAGUUUUAAAUUAAAAUUACUAGAAUCUAUAUUAAUAGUAUUAACAUUUGCAGAGCAUGGUACAAUAAUAAUAUAUUUUAGAUGUAAUAAAUAUUUAUGAAAACAUAAAGUCCAUUAGCUCCAUUCAUUAUUUGA